AAUGCACAGAAUGCACAAUUAUCUAUAAACUAAAACAAAGUGAUGAUAUGUCUGUUUCUUACUUGGGAAACUGAACAGACUUUCCCCUUCUCUUCCCCUUUCUUUCAAAUUCUACUGUGUUUCCUGUUAGGGGGUUUCCUUUCUUUCUGGCUUCAACCAUGCUGUUUUUGAUGUUGGAAGGAAGAUAGAGGUGGACCACAGAAUCUAAUGGUGAAGUGGAUUGCUGUGCCUAGGAGUAGUUGGAGAACGAAAGACCCAUUUUUUAGCACAAGUUGGUUGUGAAAAAUCUCAUGGGAAACAACAGAAAAGAUUUGGAGUGGAUUCAUGUGAUCAUGGUUAUGAGUUAGUUGGCAUGGCACGAGAUUUAGAGGAAAGGGCUCAUUUGGAAACAAAACAAAUGGAGACAUCAAAUAGGAAGUAUUUUGAGAGAGUGGUUUCACAGAAGGCUUUGCAAAUGGGGAGCUCCUUUCCCUGCCAAAUUUGUGUUGUGGGUUUUCUCUGUGGAGUCUGUCUCACCUCUCUGUUUCUGGCUGCUCUCACUUCUUUUGGUUCCUUGGAGUUUGGUGGGAUUUCAUUUUCAGCCAUUUCAGUGGGUGGUUCACCAUGGAAUUCCAGCUCAGAAAUCAUCAAUGUGGUUACAAGUACGGAGUGCAAUUUCAAACCAAAGGAAACAAAGGAAACAGAGAGAUUAGUGGAUUCACAAAGUAGUAAAGAAAGGAACGAUGAUGAGAGGGUCUCCUUUCUAUAUUCUGCUUGGAGUGCCAUGCUAUCUAAACCUGCUCUGGAACAAUUAAAACUAAAUGGAGAGAUUAGUGUGCCAAAAGCCCCUCAUUUGGAAAAUUGCAGGCUGAGAGCACAAGUAAAUCAGCGUCUUGAUAAGUCGUCUGAGAAUGUGAGCUUCCCUCCUUGGGCAGGUUGGAAGGGAUUGUUGGACAUGCACCCAGCGGCUGCAACCGAUGAGCAGCGGAGAUACAGGCGUCAGGCUAUGUCUGAAAAUGCUUAUCCUCCCUGGAUUUUGGGAUCAGAUGAAGAAAACUAUCCCUUGACUAGAAAAGUGCAACGUGAUAUAUGGAUCCAUCAGCAUCCAUUGAAAUGCAGUGAUCCAAAUGUAAGAUUUCUUGUAGCUGACUGGGAGAGAUUACCUGGAUUUGGUAUUGGAGGACAGCUUGCUGCAAUGUGUAGUCUUCUUGCUAUUGCAAUCAGUGAGAAAAGGGUUCUUGUUACCAACUAUUAUAAUCGGGCUGACCACGAUGGAUGUAAAGGUUCGGCCCGCUCCAGCUGGUCUUGCUAUUUCUUUCCAGAAACAUCUCAAGAAUGUCGAGACCGUGCAUUUGAGCUUUUGAGGAGUGAGGAGGCAUGGAAAAGAGGAAUCAUAACUGCAAAAGAAAAUUAUAGUACAAAGGAUAUAUGGUCUUCUAGACGGAUUCCUAGGAUAUGGGGUCACCCUUGGAGUUAUUUGCAACCAACGACGGAAAUAAAUGGGAGUUUGAUUGCUUCUCAUCGCAAGAUGGAUCGAAGGUGGUGGGUAGCACAGGCAGUUCACUACUUAAUGAGGUUUCAAACAGAGUACAUGUGUGGCCUAUUAAAUGUUGAGCGCCAUGCUGCAUUUGGAAAGGAAGCUGCAAAAAUUGUUCUGCAAAGUCUUAACAAGGAGUGGCCAAAGGAAUUUACAAACACGCCAAGAUCCGAUAUCGAAGAUUACGUGUGGUCAAGUCACAAACCAUGGGUACCAAGGCCAUUGCUAAGUGUGCAUGUCAGGAUGGGAGACAAAGCUUGUGAAAUGGAGGUAGUUGAAUUUGAAGAAUACAUGCAUCUUGCUCAUCGCAUUAGGAAGCACUUCCCAAACCUCAACAACAUUUGGCUUUCAACCGAAAUGCAGCAAGUUAUUGACAAGUCAAAAGGCUAUUCUGGGUGGAAUUUUUACUACACCAAUGUGACAAGGCAAGUGGGAAACAGUUCAAUGGCAAGUUAUGAAGCGAGUCUUGGUAGGGAGAGAAGCACAAACAAUCCGCUUGUCAAUUUCUUGAUGGCAACGGAAGCAGACUUUUUCAUUGGGGCAUUGGGAUCCACAUGGUGCUUCCUUAUAGAUGGGAUGAGGAAUACUGGAGGAAAAGUAAUGGCUGGAUACUUGAGUGUGAACAAAGAUCGAUUCUGGUAGAGAUUUACCUCAACCUGCCAAUAACAUUUGUAUGUAAAUUUUGUUACUCGUACAUAGGUAGUAAUUUUUUUCGCAUAAUGUAUGUACUCAAACUCAAAAAAAAAAAAAAAAUGAUACGU